CGCGGACGUCACUUCCGUCCAGGUCGGAACCCAAGAUGGCUGCGCUCCUGCUGAGACAUGUUGGCCGUCGCUGCCUCCGUGCCCACCUUGGUCCUCAGCUCUGUGUCAGAAGUGCUGUUCCUUUGGGAACCACAGCCAAGGAGGAGAUGGAGAGGUUCUGGAAUAAGAACACUGGUUCAAACCGCCCUUUGUCUCCUCAUAUCACCAUCUACAGUUGGUCUCUUCCCAUGGCGAUGUCCAUUUGCCACCGUGGCACUGGUAUGGCCUUGAGUGCAGGGGUCUCUCUGUUUGGUCUGUCGGCCCUGUUGCUCCCCGGGAGCUUUGAGUCUCACUUGGAGCUCGUGAAGUCCCUGUGUCUGGGGCCUGCCCUGAUCCACACGGCCAAGUUUGCUCUCGUCUUCCCGUUCAUGUAUCACACCUGGAAUGGGGUCCGACACUUGAUGUGGGACCUAGGAAAAGGCCUGAAGGUUCCCCAGCUCUACCAGUCAGGUGCGGCUGUGUUGGUUCUCACCGUGCUGACCUCUGCAGGGCUGGCCGCCAUGUGAGAGCUGAAGCUCCCGGCAGCAGCAGCUUCAAAUCACCAUGCUCCCCUGUCUUCCUGCGGGUCCCUCACCUCCCCACGAAGCCCUUCUGAUCUGUGUAGCCCCUUCCGUGCUUGCAGAGCCCGCGGAGCUCAGCAGGACAGCACGCCCUAGAACCACAGCAGUGGGGAACGGUCCACUUCCCCCUUGUUUCUGAAGACGGAAAGACAGCAGAACCCCCCUCCUUCUUGCCCCUGCGUGCAGCCCACUCUGGGCCCCAGAGCCCUCGUCCACUCUCCAUAUUGGGUCUUAAUUUGUGCUGAGGGUCAGCUUUUGGCUGCUGCUUCCUGAGACGAGGAAACAAUGGCAGCUCUGUGGCCUAUGCCCUGGGGCUGGGGGUGGGGCCUCGGGGGCCACUGCCUGUGGGCUGCUGGUGCAAAGGACAGCUCCGCUCAUUGGUCAGAGCCCAGGUCUCCAGCGCCCACACAGUGUGCCUGAAAGAAGGGGGGUGGGUGGGGGAAACCAGCCUGUCCCACCAGAGGGCGAGGUGGCUUUGGGGGCAGGUGCGUUGGGGGGAAGCUAUGUAGCUUUUGAUGCAGAAGGGAGAUGCAGAAAUUACCCUUGAAGGGUUGGUUCAUAUUCCUUGCAGUUCCAGAAAAACAGCCUCAUGGUCGUGUUUUCUAAUCCAAAUUUAUGUGACAUCUUUUUCUGAAACUGAAUUAAAAUGCUCAUUUUGUCUUUGA